AUGAGUCACUAUCAAUUGCCUGGGGAUCCUCGAUCUUCUGAAGGCACGUGGGAGAGUCUGUCCCGAGUCGCCAUUAAGGGUGCCGAGUAUAACUCCCGCGAACGCCAGCCUCAUCCGAAGUGUUUGGAAGGGACGCGGGUGGACCUUCUCGGCAACAUCUACAGAUUAUUAGAUGACCGAAAGCAGAGCCAACUCAUUUGGCUGCAUGGUACGGCAGGCGUCGGAAAGUCUGCUGUUGCAUUCACCGUAGCUGAAAGGAUGAGAAGUUUGAAAGUCACAGAGCAGACAAAUGUCGAGAAGCGGCUCGCGGGAACAUUUUUUUUCUCGCACAAGCACACCGAACGCUGCACGACUGCAUAUUUUUUUGCGACGCUCGCCUACCAGCUCGCCUGCAAUUUUCCCAGCAUCCGGGAGGACUUGAAUAGAGCCAUCCGCGAGAAUCCUGCUCUUCUGGAUCCCAAUAAAUCCCUUCGCGACCAGAUGGAGUGGCUUUUACUGAAACCUCUGCGGAAGCUUCGACUCAGACUGCGAGAGUGUCUCCCUUCGACCUUCAUUGUUAAUGCACUUGACGAAUGUGUGUCUGAAACCGAGGCUGCCGAUCUGAUAUCUUUACUGGGCGAGGCGCUUCGUGAACCAGAUCUGCCUGUGAUCCACAUCCUCCUCACGAGUCGCUCGGAAGAGCAUAUCCGUGAAGCUAUCCAGGAGAAAGAGGUGCGCCCCCUGGUGCGGGAGAUACCAGUGAAAAUCACUGGGAAGGGGGUUGCGGAUGAUGAUCAUGACAUUUAUAUAUUCCUUGCGCAUUCCUUCAGAAAGCUGCGGGUUCGAUGUUCGGAUUUUCCGCAGCCAUCGAGGGAUCAACUUGCACGGCUGGCGAGUCGAGCGGGCAGACGUUUCAUUGUAGCAUCUACGAUGAUGAAGUUCAUCGACGACGAAUAUCAUAAUCCUCACGAUCGACUUCAACUCAUGCUCGAGUUUACGAGCGAGCUUUUACCAGGAACGGAGGUGUACAAGUUAUACGACCGUAUCCUCGCUACGUGCAGUGACCCAUCACGGGCAUACCUGCAUUUGUCCGUUGUUGCCGCCCCUUGCCGACCCUCUCUCGAUUUCUCAACUCUCGGAACUUCUUGGCCCUGGUGA